AUUCUCCCAAACACAGCCCUUACAGACCUUUGGUGUGUGAGAAAGCCCGCUCUUUUCAACUUAAAGAAAAGAUUUUGAUACAGCUGAGAACUCAGAAUCGCAGCUUGGGGUCUUCCUUUGAUUGCUUGGAGAUGUUGCCCAGAGUUUUCCAUGCCGAUGAUGGCAAGGAUUUAUCUCCAAAGUUGCAAUCCAGAUUUUUUAUUUCAAGUGUCAUGAAGUGCUUUCUGCCAUUUUUUCUUCUGGCUUCUGCUGCUUCGUUCUUUGGUUAUCGGUACUACGAUUCUCCCAAAACAGUUUUGCGGACUUCGAGCCCUCUGGUUUUUCCAUGUGUCAGUAAGGAGCCGAGUGUUUUUGACCGUUGGAUUAAGCCGCCUUCGAGCCUGAUGCAUAAUAUGAGUGAUGAGGAGCUUUUCAGGGCCGCUAGCUUUGCGAAAGAGUAUCCAUUUAAUGGAGUCCCAAAGGUGGCUUUCAUGUUCUUGACCAGAGGGCCUUUGCCUCUUUCUCCACUUUGGGAGAGAUUCUUCAAAGGGAACGAAGGUCUUUAUUCUAUCUAUGUUCAUUCUCUGCCAGGCUACAAAGCCAGUUUCCCUCCUGAAUCUGUGUUCUACAACAGGCAAAUUCCUAGCCAG